UUCCCUCUAUCUCUCUCUCUCCAAAAUGAGCUCCUCGGAAGCUUCUUCUUCAAUACCUUUCAAGUCGAAGAAGUCCCUGUGCUCAACCCCAAAGGCCAAAACCCUAGAUCCCAAUCUGCUGAGCUCCAAGCCUCCAGAGAAGCCUCUUCAGCUCCCUCGUCGGACUCGGAACCAGAACGUCGCGCUCUCGUUGAAGGAAGUGAGAAAGGCAGCCGAAAGCCGCCGCCAAUCGGCUCGGAAGCAGUUCUUUGAUCGGACGGACCAGAUCGCUUCCGCUAGGCGCCAUAUCGUCGAUAGCCCCUAUGAAACCGCCGCCGGUGAUAAUGUCGCCGUUAAAUCAAAAAGCGACGCCGGUGCGGAACCCAAGCUGCCGGAGAAGUACGAGAUUCUGAGCGAUUUUUUCAAUAGCUUGGACAAUUCGAUUCGAUUGCUGCGAUUGAAGGGUUCCACGCCGACUUUUACCAAUAUAUGCCCAAAAGUCGAAUAUUUUACUGAUAGGAGAUUUACAUACCGCCACUUGGCUCAGUUGAAGUUUAUUUUACCUGAGGUGAUUGAGAUAAAGAGAACACUAGUGUUCAAUGAGCGAACAAGUUGUAUGAAGCCAGAUCUUCAUAUUACUAUGAAUCUUGAAGCAAUAGAGAAUGACGGGAAGUCAAAAUCUGAAGGAGGGAAUUUGUACCUGAGGAGGGUCUUCCAGUCACGGCUUGCAGAAUUUUCAAGAUCUCAUCCCGAGGGUUGUGAAGUUCCAGAAGAAAUGUUGCCAGAACCGUUCAAUGUUAAGCAAGGCCUACUUUCAAAUUUGACCAGAAUUCCCUCAUCAUCUUCUCCUUUUGAGGCAGCAUCUGAUUCACAUUCAGCUGAUCCAGCGUGUGAUGGGAUCCCCAAGGAAAUGCAUCCAGUUUCAGCAAGCAAAAAGACAUUAUCUGAGGCACCUAAAAAUCAACAACCGGUGGUGGCAUCUCAUCUGUCUCCCUCUUUCCGGAGGCGCUUUUCUCAAAAGCCUAGAAGCAAUGAAGUAGAGAUCACUUCCCAAAAAUCAUCCGAGCCCCCCUUCAAACCUCCAGCUGAUCCAGCUGCACUCUCGAGUCUCAACACGGUUUCCUCAGUAGAGGAAACUACUGAGGAAACCAGUUCUAAUCAGGUCUUUGGCCCAGCGAAUGUAACUCCAAGCAAAAAGCUAUCUGUUCUCAAGACAGAAGAAGGUUCUCCGAGAAAAAGUGAUAGUCUCCAGUCGACUCCUGCAAAACUAGCUUCUACUCCACUAAGACUCAUGACUGCCACCCCUACGCUGCAUCCACCAAAGAGAAGUUAUAAGAGCCCAGAGGAUAAUUCUACCAGCUCACCAAACAAGUUGGUUAGACGUCCACCCCGCACUAGAUCAUUGAAAUUCGACAGUCCUGUGAAGAACAAGGCUAGGGAUGAAGACUUUGAUGUUAAUGGCGUGUCAGUCGAUAAUGACAUUCUUGAUAUUCUUCCUGAGAAUCUUUGGCAAUCGAUCAGAGAUAAAGAAAGAAAAGCAGCAGAGGAGCGGGAUCCAGCCAUCUCACAAGCAAAGAGGCGGAAACAGAUGAUUGCCUGCCUGCCUAAGCUCUUCAAUAUGAUCCAUUUCUUAUUUCAGUCAAUAAAUCGUUCUGUUAUCACAAAAGAAGAGCUUAUGCACAAGAUCAUCUCAAGCCACAUGGAUGUCGUUGACAGAAGAGAAGUUGAGGAGCAGCUUAGCUUGUUGCUAGAACUGGUUCCGGACUGGAUUUCAGAGAAGUUGGCAUCUGGUGGGGAUUUGCUUUUCCGCAUCAAUAAAAUGUCAAGCCCCGAAUCAGUACGCGCACGGCUUGAAGGAGCAAAUUGAGCCCGAGCAGCUAGAUCUCAUCACAUUUACUGGAAGGAAGUGAGACUUGUUGGGUGAACAAUAGUGUAUGGUUUCCCCUUUUGAAGAAGCAAAAUGAGCCCGUGCAGCUAGAUCUAGUCACAAUUACUGUAAAGAAGUGAGACAUGCAGAUUAAAUUGUGUAUGGUUUCCCCUUUUAGGUGGGGAAUUGUGUAAAUUUUUUUGCUAAUUGAUUAUCUAUGUGAAGUUCAUCCAGGAGGCUGGAUCCUUGAUCAUCUUGACUAACUCAAAAAGAAAAAAAAAAAAAAUUGUC